CACUGUUUAGUCAGUUUAUUAUCGGCCAUGUUCGUAGAAGUACCUCCGAGGUGGUGAAUAGAAUUUGUUGAUUUUUCACUAGUUUAUGUAAAAUUCCGGCCUAAAAAUGGCAGGGAAUUUGGGAAUGGAGCAGCUUAUUCCCAUAGUGAAUAAGUUGCAAGAUGCCUUCACACAGCUGGGCGUUCAUAUGACUCUUGAUCUGCCUCAAAUCGCUGUGGUGGGCGGACAAUCCGCAGGGAAAAGUUCAGUUUUGGAGAAUUUCGUCGGAAAAGACUUCCUUCCUAGAGGCUCCGGAAUCGUCACAAGAAGACCGCUCAUAUUGCAACUCAUCAAUGCCAUAUCUGAACAUGCGGAGUUUUUGCAUUGUAAAGGAAAGAAAUUUGUUGAUUUCAAUGAAGUCCGUUUGGAGAUUGAAGCAGAAACUGACAGAGUCACCGGAAGCAAUAAGGGAAUAUCAAAUAUACCCAUUAACCUAAGGGUAUAUUCUCCAAAUGUACUAAAUCUAACUCUUAUCGAUUUACCUGGCUUAACAAAGGUUCCGAUUGGAGACCAACCGAUCGACAUCGAACAGCAAAUCAGAGGUAUGAUCAUGCAAUUCAUAAAGAGGGAAUCAUGCCUCAUCUUAGCCGUUACACCUGCCAAUACAGAUUUGGCAAACUCAGAUGCUCUGAAACUGGCCAAAGAGGUAGAUCCCCAAGGUAUAAGAACUAUUGGUGUCAUCACCAAGCUGGAUCUCAUGGACGAAGGUACUGAUGCUCGUGAUAUAUUAGAGAAUAAACUGUUACCUUUAAGACGAGGGUAUAUCGGUGUUGUUAAUCGAUCUCAGAAAGAUAUAGACGGCCGGAAAGACAUAAACGCUGCUUUGAAUGCCGAGAAGAAGUUUUUCUUUAGCCAUCCAUCGUAUCGUCACAUAGCAGAACGCCUAGGUACUCCCUACCUACAACGAGUUCUCAACCAACAACUCACCAACCACAUCAGAGACACCCUACCCAGUUUGAGAGAUAAACUACAAAAGCAACUGUUACAAUUGGAGAAAGAUGUGGACCAGUUCAAACACUUCCGACCUGACGAUCCCUCUAUCAAGACUAAGGCGAUGUUACAGAUGAUCCAGCAAUUGCAAGUGGACUUCGACAGAACUAUUGAAGGUUCCGGCUCGGCACAAAUCAACACGAACGAACUGUCAGGCGGUGCUAAAAUCAACAGGCUAUUCCACGAAAGGUUCCCCUUCGAAAUUGUCAAGAUGGAAUUCGAUGAGAAGGAGCUCCGCAGGGAGAUCGCCUUCGCUAUUAGAAACAUUCAUGGUAUUAGGGUUGGUUUGUUUACUCCAGAUAUGGCUUUUGAGGCUAUAGUAAAAAAGCAAAUAUCUCGGCUGAAGGAACCUUCUUUGAAGUGCGUCGAUUUGGUCGUGCAGGAGCUGUCAAACGUUGUUAGGAUGUGCAGUGACAGGAUGGCCCGCUAUCCUCGAUUACGAGAAGAAGUAGAACGAAUCGUUACUACGCAUAUUAGGAGCAGAGAGCAAAACUGCAAAGAGCAGUUGUGCCUACUUAUCGACUGUGAAUUAGCAUACAUGAAUACUAACCACGAAGACUUCAUUGGAUUUGCAAAUGCACAAAGCCAGUCCGAGAGCGCGACAGCCAAAGGCACCAGAGGCACUCUCGGCAACCAAGUGAUCCGAAAGGGCUACAUGUGUAUCCACAAUUUGGGUAUAAUGAAAGGUGGUUCGCGAGAUUACUGGUUCGUACUCACGUCGGAGAGCAUCUCCUGGUACAAGGACGAAGAGGAGAGGGAGAAGAAGUACAUGUUGCCUUUGGACGGUCUGAAACUGAGGGAUAUCGAACAGAGUUUUAUGUCGAGAAGGCAUAUGUUCGCCAUUUUCAAUCCGGACGGAAGAAAUGUAUAUAAGGACUACAAACAACUUGAAUUGAGCUGUGAAACAUUGGACGAGGUCGAUUCGUGGAAAGCGUCGUUCCUUCGGGCCGGCGUCUAUCCCGAAAAGCAGACGGAAACAUUGAACGGCGAAGAUUCUUCCGGCGAAAGCGUAACCAGCUCUAUGGAUCCUCAACUGGAACGACAAGUGGAAACCAUCAGGAACUUGGUCGACAGCUACAUGCGCAUCGUCACGAAAACCACCAGAGACUUGGUGCCCAAAACCAUCAUGUACAUGAUCAUCAACCAUACCAAAGACUUCAUCAACGGAGAACUGUUGGCCCAUAUCUACGCCAGCGGGGAUCAGUCACAAAUGAUGGAAGAGGCUCCCGAAGAGGCUCAGAAACGUGAAGAGAUGUUACGGAUGUACCACGCCUGCAAAGAGGCGUUGAAUAUCAUCGGCGAUGUUUCGAUGGCUACCGUUUCUACACCGGUUCCUCCACCUGUCAAAAAUGACUGGCUGGCCAGUGGGCUGGAGAAUCCCAGACUGUCCCCACCUAGUCCCGGAGGACCUCGGAAGACCACACCGCAGAUGAGUGCAGUAGGAUCCAGCGGUUCGUUGGGUUCUCGAGCUCCUCCUCCGCCACCAAGCAGCGGCAGACCCGCACCGGCGAUUCCCAAUAGACCUGGAGGUGGAGCCCCUCCGAUGCCUCCGGGUAGACCACAAGGACAGGCUCUUCCCGCACCUCUCAUUCCGACUCGAGUCGGAGGCCAGCAGGGUCAGGGGGGUAUUCAAGUACCCCAGCAAGUGCAGAUGGCCGUAGGAAGAGCAGUCACCAAUGCCGCUAUCAACGAACUAUCCAACGCCUUCAAAUUCCAUAAUCGACCAGUACCUAACGUUCCGCCCAGAAUUCCGGACCGACCUCAUCCCGGGAGACCCAAUUAGUUAGAAAAUGGAGCUCUAGUCAAUAAUCCUUAAGCCACUCACGCACAUACACAAAACAUAACAACACUCGCUAGCUAGGGGACCAGAAACGAGGGCGAAGAUACGAGAAGAGGUCCGUGGGACCGUACGUAUCAUUAUGUUGUUCUCCAGUGAGAAUCAACCUACUGUGAUCUACGUAUUUUAUUCACUCGUACUGAGGUAUGCGGUGAACGUUAAUGACAAACAGUAGUGUUACUUUCAGUUUUACUUUUCAGUUACUUUUGUUACAGGAAAGAAAACAACUUAAUCGCUCGUUUCGAUGAUUCGAUUGCUUAUUAAUGACUCCUUAUUUCACUACUCUAUAUGAUUUAGUUAUUUUUUAACAUUUAACACGGUAACUGAGCCAACUGCAGUUAUUCGCUCCGUGCGUGACCAUGGUGGGGACACACAAAACUCCGGCAGUGUCUGUAGCGGCGAAAUGUUACAAUUUUGGCGGAUAAUGAUUGAAUAAUAAUUUUUCGCUUACCUUAUUAUUGCCGUUUUGAUUUUUAUUAUUUAUAUUUAUAUUUUCAUACUGACUUUCUUUCCUUCCCAGAUCUGGUGGUAUAUUCUUACCGUCAUCUAUUUCCAUUUUGUGUUACACACAAACACACACACAAAAUAGACCCAGCUAAUGUUAAAAUCUGGUGCUAAUAAUUCACAUUGCCUAAUUGCUAUCGAUGUAGGUACACUUAAUUAAUGUUAACACCCACAACUAAACUAUAACGAUAAAGUGAAGAAAAACCCUUAAAAUUGAUAUUUUCUUCAGAGAACUUCCAAAUAUCCGCUUUUUAAUUUGACGUUUAUUUGACACUCGAACUUAUUGUUUGUAUAACAAAUUUUAUCAAAAAUGGUAAAUAAAUAUUACAUAUUAACGUCAAAUAUGUCAUAUGUGUAUGAUUUUAACCAUAGAGUUAUAUAUUAGCAUAGAGAGAGUGUCGUUAAGAGCGAAGUGACAACACCAUCUUUUUUAUUUGGAUUAGUGCUGUUUCACUCUUACGCAUAGUAAAGCUGCGACAGUUGUCCUUCCCUUCCGUACCUAUACUCAUGCUUAAUGUCAUCUUAGUUUCUCGAUACAAUGUGUUAGAAAGAGAUGCCGCAAACCAGUCCAUGAGAUCUUGUCGUCAGGAAGCGCGGAAGGUAGGCUCACUCUAUGUUAAUAUGUACCUCUAUGAUUUUAACGUCAAAUUGUGCUCGCCAAAAAUGUCAGGCGACUACGCUAGGUGUCGCGUCAGUCAUGCACGGAGCGAAUAGCGCACAGCGGUGAAAAAAAGUUAGAGGUGAGUUGUAACUAAACCGUUUCUUUCAAUGAUCCGAUUUUUUUAUAUUAACUUCCUAUUCGGACUGAAUCAUUUCAGCAUUCGUAUUCGUUUCUGCAACAACUCUACCGAUUUCAGUAUAAAAUUAUGUUUUUGCUUACAAUACAGUAACUUGAUUAAAGUCUCAGGUUGCACUACUGUUCGUUAAUUAUACUGGGACAUGCGUAUAAUUCUAAAUCAAACUUAUCUAUGUAUGUUUUGUAUAUAUUUGAAUCUAUGUACUGCUGGGUUUUGUAAAUAAUGUGUAUAAGUAAGAGAGAUGUAUUUGUUUUUCUAAAGGUCAAUGGUCUAAGAGCUAGCAACGUUUUCGAGAAACUAUUUUAAGACAGCUGAUUCUUUCAUAUAUUGUUCCCUAUGCUUCCUCGAACAGCGUACCGGCCAUCUGGCUGCUGAUACAGGUUGCGUUCAUUACUGCGCAGCACACCUGUACAGUUAAAUACAAAAUCAGGGUGAUUGAUUAGUGUGAUAAAGCUUAGUAGAUCCGCUAUAGUAAUAGAUAGCAAUAAAAGUUAAUAACAAAACUUGUAGCCAACUUUGAGCUUCACAUUACAAAAUUAGUUAGAAUGUUACAGGGUGUUCGGUAACACAGUGACAGACCAAACUUAUGUUUUUUUUAAUGGAACACCCUAUAUUUUAUUUUAUAUUCUAAAUCCUGUUAACUUCUCCAUUACAAAAAUAUAAAGGUUUGUUAUGUUAUACUGGCUAUUUACAAAGUUAUAACCGAUGUUCUACGAAAAUCGUAAUAAGUUCAGCUCCCUGUAUAAAUAAAAAUAAGCACAACAGCAAUGGUUUAUUGGUGUCAUAAUUGUUUGUUGAUUGUCAAAAUUUAUAAAAAUGGUUGAUAUUGCUAAUUUUCUUUAUAUCGAAUACAGGAUGAGUCAAAACGCAAGUACAUUAUUUUCUCAGUAAUUUUAAAUAGAACACCUUAAUUAAUAACUUGCUGUGAAAAAUGAAAAUAUCUAGAAAACUAACAAAUUUAGGCAUAGGGAAUCUUAUACAAAAAUUAAAGUACGUUAAUGAUACUUUUCGAUGGUGAUAUAAAAUACAGGGUGUUCCAUCCGAGAAAAGAAUGUAUUUGCGUUUUGACUCACCCUGUAUUCGAUAUAAGGAAAUUUAGCAAUAUAAACCAUUUUUAUAAAUUUUGACAAUCAACAAAAAAAUAUAGCACCAAUAAACCAUUGCGUUGUGCUUAUUUUUAUUUAUACAGGGAGCUGAACUUGUUACGUUUUUCAUAAAAAAUUGGUCAUACCUUUGUAAAAGCCCUAUAUAACAUAACAAAUCUUUAUAUUUUUUGUGAUGGGAAAGUUAAGAGAAUUUCGAAUAUAAAGUAAAAUAUAGGGUGUUCCAUUUAAAAAAACAUAAGUUUGGUUUGCCACUAUGUUAUCGAACACCCUGUAACAUUCUAACUAAUUUCGUAAUGUAAAGCUGAAAGUUGGCUACAAUUUUUGUUAUCAACUUUUAUUGCUAUCUAUUACUAUAGCGGAUCUACUGAGCUUUAUCACACUCAUCAAUCACCCUGUAUAUUGAAUAAAAAUUAUUUUAGGAGGAAACAAUUUUUUGUCAUUACUUUUCAAACCACAAAAAUGUCUGGCAAUUAUAGUUUAUAUUUCUAACAAUGUUUAAAAAGUAAUGACAAAAUAAUUUUUCGUCUUACAAUAAUUUUAAAUUCGAUAUAUUUAUGUACCUGUACAAAUGUGCUGCGCAGUAAUGAACGCAACCUGUAUCAGCAGCCAGAUGGCCGGUACGGUGUUCAAGGAAGCAUAGGGAAUAAUAUAUUAAAAGAACCAGUUGUCUUAAAAUAAUUUUUUUUCCGACGUUGCUAGCUCUUGGUCCAUAAGUUAUCUCGUUUAUCCACAGUUCUUUUUCGGUUGCACUUUUUCUAUUUUGCAGUUUUAUUAUACACAAAGUGGAUUUUGUAUUAUUUUUUUUUUAGUUUUUCGAACGAUAUUUGCGAAUAAUUGUUUAUCUCAUUGUUUAAUGGCUUUCUUCUUAAAUCUUGGAACCAAAUUUAAAAAGUUUUUCGCUUGCACACUUAUUAUGAAUUAUAUUUCACACGUAUUAUUUAUUCCUAUCAAAGAAAUGGCACCUUUUCAUUAUUUUUAAGCGAGAGUAAUUAAUUUUUAGUUCAAAAAUUUGCCUUUUAUAUUGUAUUUUCUCUUUUAUAUGAUAUUAAAAUCUAGAAAAUGCAUUUAACAUGUUCUUUUCCUAGCUUAUGUAUUGUACUCUUGUCUUAAAAUUUGUCUAUGGGGGUAUGUCAAUACACAUACACAUCGAUACCUUCUAUGGUUGUCAAUGAUCAGCAAUAGAGCCGUGUUAAUUCAGUGAUUGUGGAUUUUUUUUUCUUAUUAUACCCAAUAGUGACCCUUAAGUCACUCUUAAAGUUGUUAGGGUGAGUUAAAUAUUUUGUUUAAUAAAAAUGAUAGAUUUAGAAUCAUACGCUAGCAUUACCGAUCGGUAUAGAGACAUUUAGUGUUUAUAAUUUUUGGUUUUUGACAGGAACAGAUUCAACUAGUCUUAUACUAUAGUAUUAUUAACAUUUAGGUCAAUCUGUCCACUGCAGCUGUUGAUUAUUAUUGUCGCUGAUUUGUAUUUAUGUAUAUAUGUCUAUUUUUAAUAAAUUUAUUUUUAAUAAA